AUGAAUGAGUUUAGCGACGAGGAGAAGGACGGGCUGUACAAGACCAUAUUCUCCAGAAGGGACGUACGCUCGGGGUUUGUCAAGACCGCCAUUCCCGACGAGGUUCUGACCAAGAUACUCAAUGCGGCACACCACGCGCCGUCUGUGGGAUUCUCGCAGCCCUGGAACUUUAUCCUGAUAAGGAGCGCAGCCACAAGAAGCAUGGUAAAGGCAUCGUUUGACGAGGAGAGGAUCCUGGCCGCAGGGCGCGCCGAGGAGCCCAGAAGAUCCAAGUACCUGUCGCUCAAGCUGGAGGGAAUCAUGGACUCGGCCGUCAAUGUGUGCGUGACGUAUGAUCCCACAAAGUUUGGGCCGUUUGUGAUAGGCAGAAACAGCAUACCGGAGACCGGCGUAUACAGCGUCUGCUGUGCGGUACAGAACCUGUGGCUGGCCGCAAGAGCCGAGAGCGUGGGCGUCGGAUGGGUGAGCAUACUCUCAAACGACACGCUGAGGGAGGCACUGGGGCUGCCAAGCCACGUGGUACCUGUUGCAUACCUCUGCCUGGGCUAUGUGAAAAAGUUCUCCAAGAGGCCCGACCUUGAGGAGACGGGAUGGCUUCCCAGGCUGAACCUGGAGGACGUGGUGUACUAUGAGCGCUGGGAGCAGAGACCUGACCCGCAAUAA